UCUCUUGGGGUGGCAGUCCGGCGGGAGCGGGGCUCUCCUGGCCGGUCCCAGGGGAUCUGUGGCGUGGAAAGCCCAGCGCAGACAUGGGGUGGAAGGCUAAAAGGGGGUGGGGGGGUGAAGGGGUCAGGCAGCUGCGGAGCCCAAUGGAGCCCGCAGAGGAAACCGGGGUCCUAGGGCGAUGAGGAAGUCCCGGUAGGGAGCCCCGCAUGUCCCCCGCCUGCCCGCCCCCAGGACAUGGAGAGCGAGCGGGAGACGCUGCAGGUGUGGAAGGAGCGCGUGGAGCAGGAGCUGGACCGCGUGGUAGCUUUCUGGGUGGAGCAUUCCCACGACCAGGAGCACGGGGGCUUCUUCACGUGCCUUGGCCACGACGGGAAGGUAUUUGACGACCUCAAAUAUGUCUGGCUGCAAGCGAGGCAGGUGUGGAUGUAUUGUCGCUUGUACCGCCAUUUCCAGCGCUUCCACCAAUCUCAACUUCUGGACUCAGCAAAAGCAGGGGGCGAGUUUCUGCUGCGUUGUGCGCGUGUGGCCCCUCCUGGCAAGAAAUGCGCGUUUGUCCUCACUCGGGACGGCCGCCCAGGCAAGGUGCAGCGGACCAUCUUCAGCGAGUGCUUUUACACCAUGGCCAUGAACGAGCUGUGGAGGGUCACAGGGGAAGUGCGGUACCAGAAUGAGGCAGUAGGCAUGAUGGAUGAAAUCGUCCACUGGGUGCGGGAGGACCCCUCUGGGCUGGGCCAGCCCCAGCUCUCAGGGGCCCCCGCCGCGGAGCCCAUGGCGGUGCCCAUGAUGCUGCUCCACCUGGUGCAGCAGCUCAGUGAGGACAAUGCCGAGCUGGCAGGCAAAUAUGCUGAGCUGGAGGACUGGUGUGCCCACAGGAUUCUGCAGCACGUCCAGAGGGAUGGACAGGUUGUGUUGGAGAAUGUGUCAGUGGAUGGCAAGGAACUUCCUGGUUGCCUAGGAAGACACCAGAACCCAGGCCAUGCAUUAGAAGCGGGCUGGUUCCUGCUACGUUAUGCCAGCCGGAAAGAGGAUCCCAAACUUCGAGCCCAUAUCAUUGACAAGUUCCUCCUGCUGCCCUUUCACUCGGGAUGGGACGAGGAGUACGGAGGCCUCUUCUACUUCAAGGACGCUGACGGUCUCUGCCCUACCCAGUUCCGCGAUUCCGAGCGUGGGGAAUGGUUUGGCUAUCUGAAUCGAGAGGGAAAGGUGGCGCUGACCAUCAAGGGGGGUCCUUUCAAAGGCUGCUUCCACGUGCCCCGGUGUCUAGCCAUGUGCGAGAAGAUGCUGGGCUCCCUGCUGAGCCGCGUCGCCACGGACCCCGACCCCAGCUGCUCCCCUUCUUCGGCCCCUGUCCGCCGAGGCGCGAAAUAAAAUAGGUUGAUCCACC